ACACUACUAUAUAACAAAUAAUUUGAGGAUCAUGGAUAUACAAGCUCCCCUAGCGCCUAUAGACUCAGUUAUCCAGAGUUCGCAAGAAGACUAUGUAUUGAUCGAUGUGCAUGUGGGUGGCGCUAAUCUAAGAUACAGCCUUCCAUGCGAUCACACUCUUUGGUCCUAUGUUGGGAGGGGAAGUUUCGGGUGCGUUUGCCAUCACAGAGAUCCUGGAUCCGGUCUAGAUCUAGCUAUAAAAUGUAUUCCUACCUCCGAGUACGAUGAGUAUGAGACGGAGAAGAAGACCGUCCAAAACGAGAUAACGAUACACCGGAGAUUAUCACACCCAAAUAUCGUGAAAUAUUUCACCACCAAACAAGUAGAGAACAUAUUUCUCAUAUUUAUGGAGUAUGUUGAGGGGGACAGUAUGUUCGACAGGAUAGAGAAGACCGGUCCGCUGAAUAGUAACGUGGUUAUAGAUUACACUUAUCAGAUUCUCAGCGGAUUGGUCUACAUGCACUCUCAAGAAAUAGUUCACAGGGAUUUACGAUCAAAGAACAUCUUGAUAAGCAGAGCAAACGUGAUAAAAAUAGCAGACUUCGGUAUCUCGAAGUCGUUCACAGACACGCACUGCUCACUGUUCAGCAGCCAAGUCGGGAAUCCUCAUUGGAGGGCUCCUGAGCUCAUCGAAGGGAGAGGAAAAGCGGGACGGAAGGUGGACGUGUGGUCUCUAGGUAUAGCCAUGUUUGAGAUGAUACGAGGAGACACCCCCUGGGGAGAGCUGGACUCCGAGACAGCCCAGUACCACAUCUACCGGGACACCCUGAAGAUGCCUCUACCUGGGGAGACUCCUCCACAUCUGGCUGCUUUUGUUAAUCUCUGUUUGGAGAGGGAUUGUGAGAAGAGGAAACACAGUAAGGAGCUCAUCAAGGACUCUAUUUUCUGUCACUAUCACACUCUAGAGUCUUGAAGAGUGAGGAGUGGGAGAUGGACCCCAUUUGGAAUUAUAAUUUCGAGUCCUGUUGGUUGUUCAGGACGUUGUGAACAGGAACAUGAAAGAGAGCUUGAACCUCAAUUAUCAAAACAUUAUUUUUAAUUUAUUCAGGACAUGACCAGUUGUUUCACAGUUUUUGAUUUAACUAUCGUCUAUUAUUUUUCCCGCCAUAGCUUAAACUAAGUUGUAUCUAUUUAGAUCUUUUGAUCGGAUUUUUAUCCGGUUUCUGAGUUCUGACCCGAGUUUAAUGGUUGAUGGGAUGGAUAUGGGAAGGGUACUAAACAUGGCACAUCUUACAUGGUUAACAUUGUUUUUUUUUUCUUGUUUAAUCGAAACUUAUUGAAUUCAGUAGCUGCCCGGGGUUUUUAUUCUGCUUUUUUAUUUUUAUCAAAUUGAAGUGAAUGUAGCGUGCGUUUUUAAUUGUGUGACGCUUUGUUUUGACAAGGAAACUGUACUGUUGUAAAACUAUUUUAUCAAGAGUUAAACGACAAGCUGUUGAUCCCAGUGUUUAUAUUUAUAAUUUCUUACAAAUUGUAUUACAUUUUCUAAUUAAUUGAUUUUUGAACCGAACACUCUUGUUCGGAAUUCUUC